ACACGCAGUAACACUAAUGGCGAGUACGCUUCCACCCUAGUUCUAAUGGAUCCCAAAGGCACCAUCGUCUUUUCCACCAUCAAUAGGCCAAACUAUGUCUUUGAUGUCUUUUCCAUCCAGCUAAACCACAUCACUGCCGCCACCAAGGACCGCCUCACUGACGGUCAAGAGCAGCCUGAUCGCCAAUUCCAAAGCUGGGCAGCUCUUCACUUAAUCGAAAUCGGUGAUAAGGACAAGAAAAUUACGCGGUUGACACCUUACGGAGCUGUCGAUUACAGCCUUGCAGUUUCCAAGUCCGGGAAAUUUCUUGCCAUCACAUCCGAGGAUGAUGAAUCAAAUGCUGAGAGCGAUUUGUCCGACGAUCCAUUGGCUGAGGUUGAUUCAGACAAUGGAGGCUUCAUAGCCGUAGCAACCUCGUUCACCUUGUCCAUCUUGGACGCGCUCGUGGCACUGCUACUCCCCCGUGUUCAAGGUGAAGAAAUUGGGUUUGUGAAUUUAGACGAGAAUUUGUUGUUCGAGGUGUUGAAGCAUGUGGACGCAAGGACAUUGGGCAUGGCUGCCUGCGUGAGCAAAUUGUGGCACAAGACGGUGCAGGACGAGCGGCUCAUAUUCCAUUAAUUACUUGAAUGGUUGGGCAUGGUUGCCUGCAUGAGCAAUUUGUUUUUGGAUCUUGAAUUUUUCAUUAAUUACUUGAAUGGUUGGAAAAUUGAAGGUUUCAAUAUAAAAAUUUUGGGUUUUU